AUGCUUCAACUUAACUGCAGGAAAUGUAAAGAGCUACCUAUUACCUUCAGUCGGUCUCGGAAUUUGCCAUCUCCAGUCAAUGUUGAGGGGUCCACCAUUAUCCCAGUGAGCAAGGUAAAGCUACUCGGCGUAACAAUUAACAGCACCCUUACGUGGAAUGAUCAUAUCGAGGAAAUAGUAAAGAAAGCAUCUCGCAAGCAGUAUUUUCUUGUGCAGCUUAAGAGAGCGAAAGUCCCAGCAAGAGAAAUAGUCGCCUAUUACUGUGCAUGUAUCCGUUCUGCAAUCGAUUACGCAUGCCCUGUAUUCCACUACUCACUUCCAAAAUAUCUCCAAGAAGAUCUGGAAAGGAUUCAGAAAAGAGCACUAGCCUGCAUUUACCCAGGAAGGCGUUACGAAGACGCCCUAUCGCUCGCUGGCCUAGCAUCUAUACAUGAUCACCACGAAUCUUUAUCUAAAUCACUCUUUAGGUCAAUUGUAAGUGACUCUAAAAACAAACUGCAUGCUCUACUACCGCAGAGAAAUAACAAUGCCAAAUAUUAUUUUAGGAAACGUAGAACUUUUAAUAUUCCAACUGCAAAGACCAAACGCUAUGCUCAGUCAUUCAUAAUGCAUAGUAGUAAGCUUUAUGAUGACAUAUAG